AUGAGAUCAAACAUUGCAAGCGCUUUGUUGCUGGGCCUUCUUGCCAACCAAAUUGAGGCCCGGCCCUUUGGUGGAAAUGGAACUUCUCCAAAAGGUUUUGUGACCACAAAGGGCACAAAGUUUCAACUGGACGGAGAGGAUUUCUACUUUGCUGGCAGCAAUGCUUAUUACUUUCCAUUCAAUAAUAAUGAAUCAGAUGUACAACUGGGCCUCCAAGCUGCCAAGGACGCUGGCCUGAGUGUCUUCAGAACAUGGGGCUUCAAUGAUAAGAACCGGACCUAUGAUCCCAAUGGCCUACCGCAAUAUGGCAGUGAGGGUGCUGGCGCCACUGAUGUUGUUUUCCAAUGGUUUGAGAAUGGCACUUCGACCAUUGAUGUCAGCGCCUUUGACAAGGUGGUCGAGGCUGCCACCAAGGUUGGUAUCAAGCUCAUCGUAACCUUUACGAACAACUGGGCAGACUAUGGAGGCAUGGAUGUCUACACUCUGAAUCUUGGAGGACAAUACCACGACGAUUUCUUUACUCUGCCCAAGAUCAAAGAUGCUUACAAGCGUUACAUCGAGACACUCAUCACCCGCUACCGCGACUCACCAACCAUAUUCGCCUGGGAGCUGGUCAAUGAGCCACGCUGCGGCGCCGACGGGACGCGGAACAUCCCUACAAGCGGCAACUGCACCACGGAAACAUUGUCAACAUGGAUCGAUGAAAUGAGCACCUAUGUCAAGUCGCUCGACCCCCAUCACUUGGUGACUUGGGGUGGUGAAGGCGAGUUCAGCCUGCCCGAAGGCUCGGACGACUGGGCGUACGCUGGAGCCGAUGGCGGAAAUUUCGAUCACGAGAUCUCGCUGCCCAAUAUUGACUUUGGCGUCUUUCACUCAUACCCCGAUUGGUGGUCCAAGACUGUAGAGUGGACCAACCAAUGGAUCAAGGACCACGCAGCAUCUGGUAUUGCGGCGAACAAGCCUGUCGUCCAUGAGGAGUAUGGAUGGCUUACCCCCGAGAAGCGGCUCGAGUACCUCAACAAGACAGCAGGCGCCAACGAAACCAGAGUUGCGGUUCUUGGAGGCUGGCAAAGCAUCAUGGAAGAGUAUGAGAUGCCGGAUAUGUACUGGCAGUUUGGCUUUUCCAACUAUUCCUAUGGUCGCAACAAUGAUGAUGGUUUCACCAUCUUCUUGGACGAUGCUGAGGCGCAACCGUUGGUGUAUGAGCACGCUGCAAGAGUCAAUGCAGCUUGA